AUGUCAUUAGGAGGAGACGAUGAAUUUCAAUCUUACUACGAACUCGUCACAGAUCUAAAAUCUCUCCUCGACACAGACGGUAGCCUCUCCUCAAUGGCUUCAUCGUUUCUCCGCUGCUUCUCCACCGCCAAGGAUGCACGCGCUCCGAUCCUCGGCCUCUACUUGCUCUCUCUCACUAAGUUUUGCGAUGACAUAUUUGAGCCGAAGCUGGAAGAGCUCAUUAAUCAGUUGAAGGAAGUUGGAAUACUUGGGAGCCUUGAUUCAGGAGUUGUGCAAGAUGAUCAGAUUAUUUUAGAUCCGAAAAGCAACUUGGGAAUGUUUGUUGGCGGUUGCAUUUUGGCAUUUAACUUUCUAUUGUUCGAGCUUAAGAUCCUAUAUUUCCCUUCUGUUUGCAGCAUGAUCCUGCUUGUCGUGUGA